CGAGAAGGAAGCGAAGAUUCGAUGCUGCGUAAAUUCAUCUACACGUAUUUACAAUUAGUCAUCGUAGUCACAUGUGAUAAGGUAAACACCACUUGAAGAAACUUGAGAGACAUAUUAAUUACAUUUAGUCGGUUUCGUAUCUGACUGAAAAUGAGACGCAAGAAAGAUAACCGUAAGUGGAGGACAAAGUGUAACGAGGUUAUAUUAUUGAGCGCACGAUGUUUGAAAUUUAAAUAGAAUCCGGUACCAAGAUUAUUGUAGAAUUGAAAAAGAUUCUAUAGCAAUGCUUGCAAUUAUUCUUAAUAAAUCAAAGAAAAUAAAACAAUUACACUGAGAUUCUCAGUUAAACAUGCAGCAAGAAACGACAUAAAAAAGAAACGAACGCAGUGAACGUUCCUUAAAAAAUAACAGAGUUUGCCGUAAUUAACUCGUCAUUAUUCAUUUCUAUGCACAUAGAGGUUAGGUGCCCACAUAAAGCUGAACUUUGAUCCACUACGUCACAAGCUUCUUGGAUACCUAACCUACGUAAGUUGUUUCUUCCAUCGAACGCUACUGCGAGACGUAUCGAACCUGCGAACCUAACCUCAAAAACACGCCGUCACCAUGGAUCUAUCGCUAACGCUGUCGAUCCUCCUGGCAAUGCUAGCGGUAUACUAUUUCUUUAAACGGAAGGAUCCGUUCGAAGCUCACGGUCUUCCCUGCAAAACCUCGAUUCCUCUGCUAGGAACCACAUGGCCGUGGUUACUCGGUCGAAAAUCGUUCGCUCAGGUAGCGCAGGACACCUACAAUCUCGAGCCAGAGGCGAGAUACGUGGGAUUUUACAACAGAACGACACCGAUACUGGUGAUUCGCGAUCCAGAUCUGGUUAAAUCCGUCGCUGUGAGAAACUUCGAUCGCUUCCCGAAUCAUCGAGGCUUCGACAACGAGAACACGGAGGCGAUUCUCAAGAGGAACCUCCUGUUGCUCCGGGACGAUCGAUGGAAACAAGUGCGCGCGUUGAUCAGUCCAACCUUCACGUCCAGCAAGAUGAGAGCAAUGUUCCCGCUAAUAUCCGAGAUAGCGGUGAAAGUUGGCGAUUAUUUGUCGACACUUCCACCGGAAGAGAAUUUCAUAGAGAUGAAGGACAUCUUCACAAGGUACACCAACGACGUUUUCGCCAGUUGUGCCUUUGGUAUCGAGGUAAAUUCUCUGGAAGAUCGAGAGAACACGUUCUACACGUUCGGCAGGAGGAUUAUGAAGUUUCAUAGCUUAGCCCUUGUCAAGAUGAUAAUGCUUCGAAUGUUUCCGAAAUUGUCGAGAAAGCUGGGUGUAACUGUGGUAAGCAAGGAGAUCGUGGAUUUCUUCGAGGAGGUAGUGUCUUCGAGUAUAAGGAUCAGAGAGGAGACAGGCGUAGCUAGGCCAGAUUUCAUUCAAGUGAUGAUGGAGGCUAGGGGAAAGCUUGGUCCAGGAAAAGAGUUGACAAUCGAAGAUAUCACCGCUCACGCUUUCGCCUUCUUCUUCGGUGGCUUCGAGACUACUUCCAGCCUCGCCUGUUUCGCUGCCUACGAGCUGGCGACGAAUCCAGAGGUUCAGAGAAGGCUUCGCGACGAAAUAGACAGAGUUUGCAAGGAGACCGAUGAAAUCACGUACGAAAAAUUGUACAGUAUGAAGUAUCUCGAUGCUGUGGUCGACGAGACGUUGAGAAUGUAUCCAAUUAUACCUAUUACCGACAGACAAUGUUCGAAACGGUUCGAAUUACCGCCGGCCAUGCCAGGGAUGAAGCCGUACUUCGUGAACGAAGGUGCUCUCCUGUGGAUACCGAUACACGCGAUCCACAGGGAUCCGAAAUACUUCGAGAAACCGGACAGUUUCGAUCCGGACCGAUUUCUACGAAAACCGACCGGCGGCCUCGAUCACCUAGCGUACUUUCCGUUUGGUUUGGGACCCAGAAUUUGUAUCGGCAGCAGAUUCACGUUGAUAGAGGCGAAACUUGUACUGUUUCAUAUUCUUGCUCGAUGUGAGCUGAAAGCUUGCGAUAAAACGGGCGUGCCUAUGGAAUUGAAGAAGACUGGGGUGUUUUUGACAUCGGCGAACGAUUUUUGGUUGCAAAUUUUACCAAGGAAUAAGGUACUUUGA